UUGAGCCUCGGUGUCAACUGAAGUGAGUGACCGUCUCGUGAGGACUGAUUUCGGGGUACGACGCGCUGAUAUGGACCGAUUUGCUUCUGUGGAGCAGUAUAAGGCAGCCAUGGUGCUGAGUGGUGCUGGUGAUGCUCUGGGCUACAGAAACCAGCUGUGGGAGUACAACGAGUCUGGACCAGCUAUUCACAAGGAGCUGCAGGAGCUGGGCGGCUUGAAGAACAUCAAGGUUCAACUUCCUGAUUGGCCCGUGAGCGACGACACUGUUCUGCAUCUGGCAACAGCUGAAGGACUGGCAACUGGGAAAACAGGGGAGGAUCUCCUUCAUGAGGUGGCUGCUCGUUACGUGGAGGGGAUGAAAGACAUGGAGGGGAGGAAACCUGGGCCUUCAAGCAUUUUGGGUGUAUCCCAACUAAGACCAGGAGAAGAAGGAGGCUUCAGAGUGCCGUAUAACCCCGAGGGGACGGGCUGUGGAGCAGCCAUGAGGUCCAUGUGCAUCGGCCUGAGGUAUCCGAGGCCUGUCCAGUUGUUGUCGCUUGUGGCCGUUGCCGUGGAGACGGGCAGGAUGACUCAUCCUCACCCCACUGGUUUCCUGGGAGCCGUAGCCUCGGCUCUUUUCGCUUCAUACGCCGCCCAGCGCAGGCCCAUCACCACCUGGGGUCUGGGCCUGAUCAACGAGGCCUGUCCCAUAGCGAGGAAGUUCGUUCAGGAUCGGGGCUUCGCCGUGGAGGAGACGGAGAGAGACUGGAGCUACUUCUGUGACAAGUGGCAGUGGUAUCUUGAUCAGAGGGGCAUCUCUAAUGGAGUGGGACCCAUGAACUGGCCCUCUGCCUACGGUCCAGCUGAGAGAGACGAGGCCUACAAGACCUUUAGCCUGUCUGGUUGGGCGGGACGCAGUGGACACGAUGCCCCAAUGAUCGCGCUCGAUGCCCUGCUGGCAGCUGGCUCCGACUGGGAGGAACUGAUGAGCCGAGCUGCCUUCCAUGGAGGCGACAGUGACAGCACAGCUGUGAUCGCCUGCUGUUGCUGGGGUCUCCUCUACGGCACCGAGGGGGUCCCUGAAAGCAACUAUAGCAAUUUGGAGUACCGGGACCGACUGGAGGGGUGCGCCGAGCAGCUGUACGCUCUGUCACGUUGAUGAGAUGGUAACGACCUGCAGCCUGAACCAGUAAUGUACUGACCAUAGUGAAGAGAGACUAGGAUACGCUAACACAGAACGAGCUGACACUGAGCCACUGCACGUGUACUGGCACACUAACCCAAAGAACCAUUUCUGGAACAAGGACAGUGUUGACUGUAGUUGAGAGCUCCCUCUAGUGGUCACUUGAAAAUAAAAUGCUAAUUCAAACUGUCCCCUAGGAAGAAAUCAUCUCAUUCUGCCAACAUGUGACAACAGUAAAUGUUUAGAGCCCCUCAAAUUAAUGUGCUCUCGCUUUAUACGAAUGGAAAAUACAUUUCAGUCUCAGUAAUGCUGCUGUUUUGUGCAAUAAUGGUGACAUGUAUGUCCAUGGGACAUCGUUUCACAGCUGAUACAAUAAAUGGAAAAAAAAUCA